AUGACACUGAUCGAUUCCCUUCUGGGCUCGGCGGAUUCCGAGGCUUUCCGGGAGCCGGUGGACUGGCGCGGCCUCGGUCUGCACGACUACCCCAACCUCAUCAAAAGGCCCAUGGACCUCGGCACGGUAAAGGUCCGCCUGGAGCGGGGGACGUAUCCGACAGCCGAGGCCUGCGCCGCGGACGUAAGGCUGAUCUGGGACAACUGCAGGACGUACAACACGGGAGGGGUGCCGCGCGACCUCCACAAGGCGGCAGACGCGUUGUCGAAGCGGUUCGAGACCCGGUUCGCGAAGAUAUUGGCGGGGGGGCGGCCAAAGUCGUCUUCCAGAGGCGGCGGCGGCAGCAACGGCAACGGCAAGGGCCCUGCCAAGCCAAAGGGCGGCGGCGGGGGAGGCGGCGGGGGCAGCAGCGCCAGUGUCGCCGCGGCGGUCGCCGCAGACCCCACAACAGAAGACCGGCGCAGGCUCGCGAGGCACUUGGGACGGGCGAGGAUGGAGGACGUGACGGCUGCGGUGCACGAGAUUGACCGCGGGUGUCCGGAGGCGCUGAUGCUUAGACGGGCCGGGCAUCAAAGAAAGAGAGAAGAAGAAGAAGAAGAAGAAGGAAGAAGCACCGGUGGAGGUUGUGCCGAUGGUGGUGGCGGGGGGAAUGAUAGCGUGGAGGCGUUGGUCGGGACGACGGCGGCGGUCGAGAUCGAGGUCGACGUGGACGCGCUGGACGCGUGGACGUUCUGCGCCGUCGAGCGAGUGGUGGCGCCCCAUGCGGCGCUCAGAAGAGCUUCAAGAGUCACGGCGCCAAGGCGGGCAAGAAAGAAGAGACCGGCGGCGGCGCCCGCGGCUGUGCCUUCGAGUAGUGGGAGAAGUAGUAGCAGCGCAGGAAGAGGGGGUGGCGGGGAAGGGGGGGCGGGGGCGGGCGAUGCGGCGGGGGCGGAGGCGGCCGAAGGGCGGCCAAGUAAAAGGUCUAGACCGGCUUGUGGUGAAUAGCACGAGUAGUUGGGCAGGACGAAGGGUCAAGGCCCAGCUGUGUGAGCCGACGGCUGAAUCUGAAUUGUUCAUCUUUCGUAUUCCCAGUGACGGGUUUGGUUGUAGUGGUGUUGGCGAAUGAGCCGCGUAUCGGUCCACGUAUGAUGCAUGCAUGUUAUUUUACGUCCCAAGACUGUUGUUGCCGUCGACGGGAUACUGCGCUUUUCGUCCUUAGUUUUAGUUUCAAAUUGUUUUUCCACGUUCCUGUAAUGUCAGGCUCAUUUAGAUGUACUUGUUCAAGGUUUGUGUGUGUUCGUGUUUGUUUUCAAUGUUUCGCGUGUGUCACCUUUGCCUUAUUCGUUUAUCAGGGCACGCUUGCCACGCCUGAUCCCGCGGAAGAUGAGUUGCCCUCUGGCGUGUGCGUGCAUUCGUUGAGCAACAAUCCGGUUGCUGGUAUCCCUACCAAGUACAAUACCGUCCAUCCUUAUCUUAAGAUGAUAAAAGUAGAAAGGUAUCCUUCAAAAUAGUAUAUUAGGUGAAGCUCUUGAUGAUCCCAACGGCAGGAUGGAGACGCGGGUUUGCGCUACCACAAUAGGAAGAGCGGGCUCAAAGGAACGUCUGAGUUUCUGCCUAUCCUGCUUCUAGGCCAUGUGCUAUGGGCAUGGAUAUACUCUGCAGUGUAGCACGACUUCCUGCGGCCUCUGCCGAGCAGCUCGAUCUCACCUAUAGUACUGAUCACGUGGCCUCGGACAUUCUGGGCGAAAACAGCGCUGUUGCGACCUGACAUCGCCGGCAGCCAGCGUCUGGAGGUCGUUCGAACUACUUCCGGGAGAUGUAGCGGUUGCCGAGCUUUCGUAUGAUGGGUCGAUCGAGACGGGGGUAGCACACACCGUGGUUGGCGUGUUGGUGGCAUGAAGUGGUAACGUGACUGCAUUUCCUUGUUGCUGGUCUUUCGCUGACGUAGAGGCGACUGCUGUGCCGCUCGUCAGGAUAUACUUCGGGUGGUGCGCCCUGUCCUUCUCGCAUGCUAGACGUAGAUUAUAUUGCCUCCCGGCAGGGCGUGGGUUGUCCUCAUCGCCGUACGUUGUCACGUGACGCUUGGGUAUUGGUUCGAUUCGGUUGACUGAUCUUGCUA